UGGCGUCAUGAUGAUGAACGCGUAGCUCUGCGCUCCGCACAUCUACGCACACAGGACUCGAGUCGGCCUUGAUCCUCUCGCCGAAUUACACUUUUGAACGUCACAGGUCCACUCUGUCUAAGCUGGAGUGGCUGACAUGAGUGACACUCUGGAAUUCAAUGAAAUUUAUCAGGAGGUCAAGGGCACCUGGAAUGAUGGCCGUCUGCGCUUCAGUAAGCAGACAGUGGUGUUUAAAAACAGUAAAACUGGGAAGGUGGACAGCAUCGGGGUCUCUGAGCUCACUCAGGCCCAGUGGAGGAGAGUCUGUCUGGGUCACGGCAUCAAACUGUGCACCACCACUGGUCACAUCUACAAAUAUGAUGGCUUCAAAGACACUGACCUUGACAAGAUCUCUGAGUACUUCAAAGCCAACUACAAAGUGGAGCUGAUGGAGAAAGAUAUGUGUGUGAAGGGCUGGAAUUGGGGAACUGCUAAAUUUAAUGGGCCGUUGCUUUCUUUUGAGGUGAAUGACAGUCCUGCAUUUGAGAUUCCACUCUCCAGUGUAUCCCAGUGUGCAACGGGAAAGAAUGAGGUCACUGUGGAGUUUCAUCAGAAUGAUGACACAGAGGUAUCCCUCAUGGAGGUGCGCUUCUACGUCCCCCCCAGCACAGGAGACGAAGGUUCAGACCCUGUGGAGGCAUUUGCUCAGAACGUUUUGUCCAAAGCAGAUGUCAUCCAGGCCACAGGAGAUGCUGUGUGUAUCUUCAGAGAGUUGCAGUGCCUCACACCUAGGGGCAGGUACGAUAUCCGUAUUUAUCCGACAUUCCUCCAUCUGCAUGGUAAGACGUUUGACUACAAGAUCCCGUACACCACAGUGCUCCGCCUUUUCCUGUUGCCUCAUAAAGACCAGCGGCAGAUGUUUUUUGUGAUCAGUCUGGACCCGCCCAUUAAACAGGGUCAAACCCGCUACCAUUUUCUCAUUCUUCUGUUCUCCAAGGAAGAGGACAUCAGCCUCACUCUCAACAUGAACGAGGAAGAGGUGGAGAGACGUUUUGAAGGGAAACUUAAUAAAAACAUGUCUGGCUCUCUCUAUGAGAUGGUAAGCAGAGUCAUGAAGGCCCUGGUCAACAGGAAGAUCACAGUGCCGGGAAAUUUCCAAGGUCACUCAGGAGCUCAGUGUAUAACAUGUUCAUAUAAGGCCACUUCAGGGCUGUUGUAUCCUUUGGAAAGAGGUUUUAUCUAUGUGCACAAGCCCCCGGUGCACCUGCGCUUUGAAGAGAUCGCCUGCGUGAACUUCGCCCGUGGAACCACCACCACUCGCUCCUUCGAUUUUGAGAUUGAGACCAAGCAGGGCAAUCAGUACACCUUCAGCAGCAUCGAGAGGGAAGAAUAUGGGAAACUCUUUGACUUCGUCAAUGCUAAGAAGUUAAGCAUCAAGAACAGAGGCUUUAAAGAGGGUAUGAAAGGUAAUGACAACAUGUACAGCGACUCGGACGACGACCAGCAUGAUGCGUACCUGGAGCGCAUGAAAGAAGAGGGCAAGAUCCGUGAGGAGGCCAAUGACAGUGACGACUCAGAGGGCGAGAGUGAUGAAUCUUUUAAUCCUGGAGAAGAAGAUGAUGAUAUUGCAGAGGAGUACGACAGUAAGGCCUCUGCCAGUGAAAGCAGCGCUGAUGGCGGGGACAGUGAUGAAGACCGAAAGAAGAAACCAGCCAAGAAAGCUAAAUUUGUAAAAGAAAGAAAACCACGCAAGAAAGAGAAAAAAGCAAAGGAUAUUAACGCCCCCAAGAGGCCAAUGAGUGCCUACAUGCUCUGGUUGAACUCUAGCAGAGACCGCAUUAAAUCAGAGAACCCAGGCAUCUCUGUCACAGAGAUCUCGAAAAAAGCUGGGGAAAUGUGGAAACAAAUCAGCAAAGACAAGAAAGAGGAGUGGGAAGGAAAAGCAGAGGAAGCAAAGAAAGACUAUGAGCGAGCGAUGAGAGAGUACAAGGAGAGUGGUGGAGGAUCCUCAAGCAGCUCAAAAAAGGAGAGGAAAAAGAAAGGAGGGAAGAAUGAAGAAAAGAAGAAAAAGAAGUCAGGUGGUGGGAAGGAGAAAGAGAAGGAGCGAGCAACAGGCAACGACAGCUUUAAGAGUCGAGAGUUCAUAUCCAGUGAAGAGAGCUCAUCAGAGUCAGAAAGAGGGAAGGGACGGAAGCGCAAGGGGUCUGAUGAUGAAGAGGAAGCGGUCAGCACACCGCCAAGCUCUGAGGAGUCCGGCUCAGACUGAAAGACACUAAUGAAAGACAUAAACAGGGGAAGAGGAAAAAACCCUUUCUUAUACUUCUUUCAUCAUUUCAG